AUGGCAACUAUGGUUUGCCAAGGCUUGCAGUCAUGCCUCGAGUCCCCUAUUGUUGAGUCAAGAACACUAAGACUUAGAUUAUCUUCACCAAAUUCUCACUUCGCUCAAUCCCUUGAAUUAGCCUUAAAGCCUUGUUUGUUAGAUUCUGACACCAAAGAAGUGAGUGACAAAUGCCAGUAUGAGGAAAUUAGCCACAAAACUAGUUUCCUUCAUGAUAAGCAUACAUCUUCAAAUCCUGAUUUGGCUGGCUGGAGCUUCCUCCAAGCUCUAUCUACCAGUCCUCAAGGUCCCAAAGAGUCAAUGGAGGAAGAAAAUACAUACGUCCACCCUCUAAUUAAUCGUUCCUCUUCAAUGCUUAGUGGGAAGAGCCUGGAAUUAUGUACGGAGAGUUUAGGUAGCGAAAGUGGAAGUGAUGAUAUCAUUGAAAACAACAUUUUCUCAUUGUCUUCACCAGACUCGAUGGUAGGAAAUUCUCCAUCAAGGGAGCUACAGAAGUCGCGUCAACUUUUGGGAGCUAACAAAGCGAUUUCUCGUAGUUUUCCACCUCCCUUGACAACGAUAAGUGGAUCAAAAUGUCUACAAGUUAGGCCCCACCGCGAAGAUGGAAGGUUGAUAAUCAGAGCCGUUGAGGCUCCAUCAAGACACACUUAUUUACAUGCUGAAAGAAGGGAUGGCCGCCUUCGAUUAAGCUUUCUCAAAGAUUCCACUUCUGAUUUUGACUCAAAAAGUGGAGCCUCCACUGAAGAAAAUGAAGGCAAUAUCAAAGAUGACGAGAUUGAAAAUGACAUGGAUUAUGAGGAAGUAGAUGAUUUGGAUGUUGGGGAAUCAGAAAAUGGUGCAUACUUUGAAGAAGAGGAGGAGGGUGCUGAUGAUUUGGACAUGGCCAUGGGAAUGGAGGAGUUUCAAGGACCCAGAAGGUGCAAAGAAGGUGAGAGAGAGGAGAAAGGAUUGUUAAACUGGGAGCCUUUUUGGGUGGCUACAUCGUAA